CACCCUUUAGGACCAAUGUACCCAAUAGCUCAUGGAAGAAAAAAAUCAAAUCAGGACAUCCUUGGUUUCCAGGCUACCGAAAUAUGGAACGAAAACUUUAGGAAGUGUCUUGCAACCAAUGCCAAAUGGGACGGCUGUUAGUUUAGCGGGAAAUAAUGGUGGCAAAAACUUCAACAAGCACAAUGGCACUGUCCCCAUGUCUUCCUUUUCUUUCAACUGGAAAAAAUCAAAUAAAUAUCAACUUAAUGAUCAAAAUGGGAGAGACACCAACUCUAAACAUAACUGUAAUGAAAAAUUAAUUGAUUCUGAGAAGUAUUCUCAAUCUCAAGGAGCAUUGGGUAAUGAUGUGCUCAGGGUGGGUUUGAACAGUACUGUUUCAGUUGCAUCAAAGGCAGCAAAGCAAACCAAUAUGUUUGUAUCUUCUACUGAGGAGUUAAACCCAAAGUCUUUGCCUGGACUCUCUAGUUCAGCAAAAUUCACCAAAGGUACCCUGUCAAGAAGGACCUCAUAUUCUGGACUCAAUGCUCCAAAAUCACAUUUAAAUGGAUUUUACGGAAAUAGGCCGGUGGUAGGUUUGCAGAGACCGAGAGCUAAUUCCAGUGCCACAAGGACAAGUUCAGGAGAAAGCCUGGCACAAUCUACAGACAACAGCAAGGCUUUCUCCUGUGAAAAAAUGGUAAGAUCACAAAGUUUUUCACAUUCCAUUCAGAAUUCUUUCCUUCCCACUGCAUCUUUAACCAGGUCACAUUCCUUUAAUAAAGCUGUGGAUCUUACAAGGCCUUAUCGUAGUCAAAAUCUAGCUGCCAGGACAUCUCAGAGGUCGACUUUGUUAUCAAGAAACGCACAUCAGUUGGAUGUACCCAAUGGAAAUGAACCUAUGAAGUAUGGAUUUACCAGGCCCUACUCUGGUACGUCGGCUCCUUGUUCAAAGAAGCCCCCACUGUCAAAUGGAUCUGGGUCAGCACCUUCGUUUGGAUACAGAUUAAGUCGGCCUUCUCUGCUGAAGCCUACCAGGCAGCGAUUUGCUGGAAAUAUCAUUGUGGAUAGCAGCAAAAGUACAACUCCUGAUACAUGCAUCAUGGAGAACUCUGACAUUUCAACAACUAUUAAUAGAGCAAUUGAGAAAAACAGUAUUAUAGAGAGUGAUACUCAAAGAACGGAAUCUGGUGACGGCCUGCAUGAAAGUAUGGGAAAACAUGGGUCAAAAGUCAUGUGUAUGAGUGAUGAUGGAGAUGAAAUAUCUAUAUCUUCAUUGUCAUCCUCUGAAAAAAAUGAUUUGAGUGAAGACUUCAGUGAUGAUUUCAUAGAUAUAGAAGACCCAAACAGAACUAUACAAAUACAGGAAAAGGACAGCUGUCUUCAAGAAUUAGAGCAUGGGAGUAUAACGUCAAUUGAGCCAUUCACUUCUCUCAAGGAAAGUGGAGGAUCUUGCUGUAAUGCUGAUGACUGGCUUGAUAUAAAUGUGUCUGCAGUGGAUGACAACACUGAAAGCACAAAGCAUACUGCCGAGAAUGUGAUUUCUCCAGAGAUGAAUUACAGAGCUGGGUCCUCUUUUGAGCUUUCUCCAUCUGACAGCUCUGAUGGCACAUAUAUGUGGGAUGAAGAAGGGUUGGAACCUAUUGGAAGUGUCCAUCCUUGUGGAAGUUAUGAAUCUUCAGAAAUGAACAGCAUAGAUAUCUUGAAUAAUCUUGAUUCAUGUGAUCUUGAAGAUGAUGAUCUCAUGCUUGAUGUGGACCUGCCUGAGGACCCACCUCAUGAUAAAGACGAAUGUGAAAAUAUGAGCCGUUAUGAUAGACAAGACAGAAAUGCUAGGCAACAUCAGGAAGGAUUCUGGAAAAGAGCACCACAACAGCGAUGGAAUACACAGGAUCACUAUCAUCUUGGCCAUACUGAUCACUAUAUCCAUGGUAAAAAUGAUUUGAACAGGGGAUCAAACUACCUAGAAUCUCCUAUUGGUCACUUUGAAAGCUAUGGAGCACCAAAUUUUUACCAGUCUCCGAGACAGCUGGUGGGCUUACCGGAGAAUACUGUGAUGCUUGAUGAAAUGACCCUUCGGCACAUGGUCCAAGACUGCACAGCUGUAAAAACUCAGUUAUUGAAACUGAAGAGAUUACUGCACCAGAAUGAUGAAAACGUGUCACUCCAGGACAUCCUGCUCUCAGUCCCAUCAAGUCCAGAACCACAAGAACCUGAGUCAACUUUUAAGAUGGACGAUCUGCUGAAUGAGAUCAGGCAGCUUAAAGAUCAACUGAAGAAAAAGGAUGAAACAAUCAAUCAAUUAGAGCAUAAACUUGCUACUAGAUGUAACUGCCAGAAAGACAGUCAAAAACCUACAGGGGCGACGUGUGCGUAUGCUGAUAAAUUUACGCAAACCUCCUGGAGGAGGAGUUCUGGUGGGUAUUCUGCUCCCUCCUUCUCUCCCUGGCAGGGCUCAUUCCAGGGCAUCCCUCGGACUGUUCCACCGCACCGCAGACAGACCUCAAGUACUACAGCCUUCCAGCAGCCUUCCCAGUUCCACAGACCUCGCCCAGGGAAAACUAAUAAAAAUACCACAUAUCGAGGCCCACAGUGAAUAUCCUAAACAUGGUCUGCAUGAAAAUAGCAAUCAUCAGAAUCAAAAUGCUGCAAAUGUCUCUCUCACAAAUAGCCUGAAUGAUGUAAACACUUUAAGGAGCAUACAGUUAAACAUAAAAGAUGAGAAUGCAUCAUAUUUGGAAAAUUUGAAAAAUAAAAAUACUGAAGACCCUGGAGAG